AUGGACGACCAGGGUAGCUUGACCGACGGAGACAGCAUUCUCAACUCCUAUCACCUGCCUCGUCCCAUGCCUAUUUGGCUCAACUCCAACUAUGGCAAGCACAUUGUCAAGGGCAACUUUAUGACCCUGAGCGCGAGACCCAAGACGGUCGAGCAGGGCGAGUGGAUCGCUCAUCAGGACGAAGUCGUUGAGCAUUACAGAAACCUCUGGAACUUUGUUCGUGUUCUUCACGAGAAGGAGGAGGAUGGCUCAACUAUCUGCAAUGCCACCACCUGCCCCAGAAUGUCUGCUGGAGCGAACCACUCAUUCACGUGGCUCAACAGCCGUCGGGAACCGGUUGAGCUUCCUGCUUUCGAAUACAUGACUCUUAUGCAGAGGUGGAUCUCGGGCAAGAUUGACGACACCAACAUCUUCCCGACCGACCCUUCGGGCGUCUCCUAUGCGCACAACCCGGCCAUCACCACGACGCCUCUCUCACAGCUCACGAACCCCGGCGAGCCUGACUGGAUCGGCAAGCGAUCCGGCUUCCCCCAAAACUUUAUCGACGUCUGUCAGACUAUCUUCCGCCAGAUGUUCCGUGUCUACUCUCACCUUUACUGGGCCCAUUUUGUCGAGCCCUUCUACCACCUGAAUCUCGAGAAGUCCCUCAACAGUUGCUUCAGCCACUUCAUCCUGACCGCCACGGCUCUCGACAUGCUCAAGCCGCACGAGCUUGAGCCCAUGCAACCUCUGAUCGACCUCUGGGCCGCCAACGGCACCUUCCCUCCCGAGUCGAAGGCCUACGAGUACGCCAACCUCAGAGCUGGUGAGCGUCUGAUGCAGCUGGCUGGUGUUUCCUAA